CCAAAGUGUUGAUCAUUUCCCAGAAAUCAGUAAUCAGUGUUACUGUGCAUGAACACAGUUGCCUACCUAAGCCCAUGGAGGCUUAUGCAAAAUAAUCAGGUGUAAAAUCAGGAACACACUCUGCCUAACAAAUGACAUCUGUCUCACUCUAUCUUUUAUUAUUUUUUUUUAUUACUUUUGUUAUUUUUCUAUAAACCAUCUGUCACUUCUUCUCAAACCCUAAGUCUCCAAGCCAUUUUUCAGGGCCAUGGCAUCCUAAAAUAGGUUCAUGUUCUAUAACCAUUUAUGAAAUCUCCAUCCAUUAAAGUCAGACGCUUCCAAGAGCUCGGUGCAUUAAGCCUGAUUAUAGUGUGCCAGGCAGAGGAAAUGGGGUCUAUGUGUUGAGCUUGUCGGCAACGAUUUUUAUCCCUUGUUGCUAUCUAUCUUGUCAGUUAGAAGCAUUGGGCUGAGAGAAAAACAGAGACGAUGCUGUGAGUGAUAGUUGCUUUAGCUUUGAUAGAGGCACUGUAAGGACGUGGGCUCUUCGGCGUGUGCAGGACAGGCUUGAGUGUAUGAAAGAGUCAUGGAGAGAGGAGCAAGAAAAACAAGUGGCUCUUUCAAAAAGGCCUCUAUCAGUCGCACCAGCUCUGGAUCCCAGAAGGGGCCGAAAGCUUGGAUUGAGAGGACAUUUCAGAAAAGAGAAUGCGUUCACAUCAUUCCAUCUAAGGAUCCAGCUCGGUGUACCUGUGGUCAUUUGGUGACCCAGCAUGUGGCCAUCCAAACUGAAAAAAGGGAGGAUCUGCUAGUGCAGGUGAACCCCCCUCAGGAGAAGUGGACUGUACUCAAACACACACAGGUUUCCUCUACUGAUGCUUAUGGCACCAUCGAGUUUCAAGGAGGAGGAUUUGUCAACAAGGCCAUGUACAUCAGAGUAUCUUAUGACACCAAACCAGACAACUUGAUGCACCUAAUGGUGAAAGACUGGCAUCUAGAGCUGCCCACACUCCUCAUAUCUGUUCAUGGAGGCCUCCAGAAUUUUGACAUGCAGCCCAGACUCAAGCAGGUCUUUGGCAGAGGUCUGAUUAAAGCUGCGGUGACUACAGGAGCAUGGAUCUUCACUGCGGGAAUUAACACAGGUGUGAUCCGCCAUGUUGGAGAUGCAUUGAAAGAUCAUUGCUCUAAAUCCAGAGGGAAGGUCUGUGCCAUUGGGAUCGCACCCUGGGGAAUCCUGGAGAGCAAGGAGGAUCUCAUUGGAAGAGAUGUGACCAGACCUUACCAGACAAUGUCCAACCCUCUGAGCAAGCUGGCCGUUCUCAACAGCAGCCACUCCCAUUUCAUCCUGUGUGAUAAUGGCACAUGUGGGAGGUAUGGGGCAGAGGUCAAACUGCGUAGACAGCUGGAGAAGCACAUCUCUCUGCAGAAGAUUAACACCCGUUUAGGUCAGGGUGUUCCAGUAGUAUGCCUGAUCGUAGAAGGUGGCCCAAACAUGAUCACUGUGGUCCUGGAGUGCUUGCGUGAGGAACCUCCUGUGCCCGUAGUGGUGUGUGAUGGCAGUGGCCGAGCCUCAGACAUCCUCUCCUUUGCCCACAAACACUCAGAGCAUGAAAGGACAAUAAGUGACGCUGCCCGAGACCAGCUACUAGUCAGCAUUCAGAAGACCUUCAACUACAGCAAGAGUCAGUCGCAGCAGAUCUUCCUCAUGAUCAUGGAGUGCAUGAAGAGAAGGGAGCUGAUAACAGUCUUUCGAAUGGGUUCAGAGGGACAGCAGGACAUUGAGAUGGCCAUUCUAACAGCUUUACUGAAAGGCACAAAUGCCUCAGCCUCAGACCAACUGAGCUUGGCUCUUGCCUGGAAUCGGGUGGAUAUAGCACGCAACCAAAUCUUUGUUUACGGACACAACCUGCCACCUGCAAGUGCAGUAGCUAGUGCCACGUCCACCCUGAAAGCCAAGAGCUCCCCUGCAGCCUCACAGGGCAUAGCUAAGGGCAGAGGCAAGAGGAGCAAUGGGGGGAAGGCCAAGGCAGAUGUUCUAGAGGAAAUGGAUCCUAGAAAGCUAGAAUUACUCAACUGGGUGAACUCACUGGAGCAGGCAAUGAUGGAUGCCCUGGUGCUGGACCGAGUAGAUUUUGUUAAGCUGUUGAUUGAAAAUGGGGUCAACAUUCACCAUUUCCUCACCAUCCCACGGCUUGAGGAGUUAUAUAACACGAAACUUGGACCUGUCAACACACUGAAUGCUGUAGUGCGAGAUGUUAAAAAAGGCAACCUCCCACCAGACUAUCAAAUUACACUAAUUGACAUUGGCCUGGUGAUGGAGUACCUUAUGGGAGGGGCCUAUCGCUGUAACUACACAAGAAAAAGUUUUCGCUCUCUCUACAACAACCUUUAUGGUCUUAAAAGGCCAAAGGCUCUAAAACUUCUUGGGAUGGAGGAUGAUGAACCAAAUAUGAAAGGAAAGAAGAAAAAGAAGAAGAAAGAGGAGGAGGUGGACAUUGACGUGGAUGACCCUGAGGUCAGCCGUUUCCAGUACCCAUUCCACGAGCUGAUAGUUUGGGCUGUGCUGACGAGGAGACAGAAGAUGGCUCUGUUCUUGUGGCAGAGGGGAGAGGAGGCCAUGGCUAAGGCCUUGGUAGCCUGUAAGCUUUAUAAAGCCAUGGCCCAUGAAUCCUCUGUCAGUGAGCUGGUGGAUGACAUAUUUCAGGACCUAGAUAACAACUCCAAGGAGUUUGGAACUUUGGCCUAUGAGCUUCUGGACCAGGCAUACAAACAUGAUGAACAGGUGGCCAUGAAGCUGCUGACCUAUGAGCUUAAGAACUGGAGUAACUCCACCUGUCUGAAACUAGCUGUGGCUGCCAAGCACAGAGACUUCAUUGCCCACACAUGCAGCCAGAUGCUCCUUACUGACAUGUGGAUGGGCUGCCUGAGGGUUGGCAAAAACCCUGGACUCAAGGUAAUUGCGGGCAUCAUCUUUCCUCCUUCAAUCCUGCUCCUGGGUUUCCGUGUGGGUGAUGACACCUACCAAGGCUGUGAUGACAACAAAGGUGCCAAGGACAAGGAUGAUGACAACAAAUCCAGCAGGGAUGCCACCACAGAUGCACAUUCAAAGAAAGGUGAUGAAGAAGAUGGCAGUAAGAAGCUGAGACAUGUACCUAUUGGAAGGAAGAUCUAUGAGUUCUACAAUGCUCCGUUCACCAAGUUUUGGUUUAAUACGAUCUCGUACCUUGGGUAUCUUAUGCUGUACAAUUACAUUGUCUUGGUGAAGAUGGAACGUUGGCCAUCAAUACAAGAGUGGUUGGUCAUUUCCUACAUACUGACGCUCGGCCUAGAGAAAGUGAGACAGAUUCUGAUGUCAGAGCCUGGUAAGCUCAAACAGAAGAUUAACGUGUGGUUGGAGGAGUACUGGAACAUCACAGACCUGGUGGCCAUCUCUACAUUCCUUCUGGGUCUUCUCCUCAGACUACAGCCCGAACCUUACAUGGGCUAUGGCCGGGUUAUAUACUGCGUGGACAUCAUCUUCUGGUACAUCCGUGUGUUGGAUAUUUUUGGGGUCAACAAGUACCUCGGACCCUAUGUCAUGAUGAUUGGCAAGAUGAUGAUUGACAUGUUGUACUUUGUGGUGAUUAUGUUGGUGGUCCUGAUGAGCUUUGGGGUAGCACGGCAGGCCAUUCUCCACCCAGAUGAAGAGCCCACCUGGCGAUUAGCCCGAAACAUUUUCUACAUGCCCUACUGGAUGAUCUAUGGAGAGGUGUUUGCGGACUCAAUAGACCGUAAGACUAGAAUUGAUAUUUAUGCCAUGGAAAUAAACCCCCCCUGUGGAGAUAAUAUGUAUGAUGAAGAUGGAAAGAAACUUCCCCCCUGCAUUCCUGGUGCCUGGCUCACUCCAGCCAUCAUGGCCUGCUAUUUGCUAGUGGCUAACAUCCUCCUUGUCAACUUGCUUAUUGCUGUCUUCAAUAAUACCUUCUUUGAGGUGAAGUCCAUUUCAAACCAGGUGUGGAAGUUCCAGCGGUAUCAGCUGAUCAUGACUUUCCACGACAGGCCAGUGCUUCCUCCUCCUCUCAUCAUCUUCAGCCAUAUUUACAUCCUCAUCAGACGAAUCUGCUGCCACUGUGGCAAGAAAAAAGAGGGAGAGCUGGAUGAGAGGGACAAAGGACUGAAGCUUAUCCUGAAUUCUGAGGAGUUGAGGUGCCUGUAUGAAUUUGAAGAGGAGUGUGUGGAAGACUACUUCAGAGAGAAAGAUGAUGAGCAGCAGUCCUCAAAUGAUGAAAGGAUAAGGGUGACAUCUGAAAGGGUAGAAAACAUGUCCAUGCACCUGGAGGAGGUCAAUGAGAGGGAGAACAAUAUGAAGGCUUCUUUGCAGACGGUGGAUCUAAGGCUGGCCCAGCUAGAGGACAUCUAUUCUCGCAUGAUGAUGGCCUUGGAGAAACUGGCAGGAAUCGACCACAGUGAACUGAAGAGGAUACACUCACGGACAUCCUCUGUUAGUGGCUUGUCGUCGCUCCUCCGGACUGGCAGCAUUAACAGCAAUGAUGGAUACAGCCUUUAUUGCUACUAUAUGGAUGACUGUCCAGCUACUGAGGAAAAGGACGGGGCCAUGUCAAGCCAACUGACAGUGGCAAAUGUGAAGAAGCCAUCGAACACCACAACUCUCAAUCCAAAUGAUUAUGGGCUGAAUUUGGAGGUGGAUGUUCCUGUAGGAAGGAUCCGUCCAAACUCAUGUGGGAACACCUGGAUCCCCCGUUUUGAGAAAACACCUGAAUCUAUAGAUCAGGGUGAAGAGGCCAAAGCAGCAUGUGAAGCUCCAACAUCUUUAGUCCAAAGGUCUAGGAGCACCAGCUUGUUCAGUUCAACUGCCAGAGAAAGUUUAAUGCAGAGAGCCAAAGAGAAUAAUUCUCUUCAGAAAGCGAUUGUCAGAUCCUCAACUAUGCGGCGAUGGAGUGCUGGCUCUGAGUAUAAAUUGCAAUCUAAUCUUUUUGGCCAGCCACCUCCAGACAUCCACAUUAUCAAACCCACAGAGACAAAUGAAGCAAGUAAAUCUGAGGGUCAGCUGAGACCAAGAGUUCCAAAUAUUCUCAGCACAGAGAUGAGAACUCAAGAAGAAGAAGGCCAGAUAGGAAGGAGUGAUAUUACACAAGAGGACAGAAAAGAGAAUGGCUCAGAGGAAAGCCUAAAUAUGGAGGGUAAUACAGAAGAAAGAGACAGAGACCCAACACAGACAGAUGUAAUAUGGAGAAAUUCAAUUGAGGAUGGAAGGAUGAACUUGCAUGAAGAUAUUCCUGACUCUUUUCAUCUUCUGGUACCAGAAGAGAGAAUGUUUCCACCAGGAAGAUCCAAGAGCUGGAACACAAAAUGUCGCAAAGCCUUGAGGGAAAGCGCAGACAAGCCCCGAGGCUCCAGCAGUGAGAGCAGCCUUUCAUGUGGAAGUUCCCUUGGGAGGUCUGGAGAAAAAAUUGGGAAAGUGUCAGGGAAGGAGGAGUGAAAGAAAAAAGAUAGACCUGAGGUCGGGAGAUGAGACUGCUAAUUAGGAGUAAAGAUGAUAAGAGAUUGUUCUUUGUGUACCACAAUUUUAAAUAUAAAUUCAUCCAUUCAUCUUCCGUAUCAAGGUCAGAGUUUUCCUGGGAAACUCGUUGCAGGGUAGAAAUACACCCUGGAUGAGAUGGCAUUUCAGCGCAGAGCAUCAAGAACUUUUAUAUAACAAUAAAACAGCUGCAGCGUCAUAUCCACUUCCUAGGUAACAGAUAUUUGAUGUUUUGUAGAUAACCCUAAAUGUGUGAUUAUGUGAUUAAUAACUUCCAACAUACGUUUCUGUAUAUUGUAUGUAUUCUAUAUAAUGUUAUAACAGUUAGGCUUUAUACAAGUAAAAAUUAAUACUCUUGCCUUACAGUUGGCUUAAAUGUUAUUAUAAUAUGUUGUUUGACAGCCACAGAUUUGAAAAGACAUGCAUAAUAUUCAGUGUUAUUAAUAUUUUAUUGUUAUAAUGGAAAACUGUUCUUA